AUUCAUACUAGUAGUUUUCACUUGAAAUCGAACAGCAAUCAGCGAUUCUUCAUUAAUCAACAAGAAGCAAGCAACAGCGAAAAGACAACAUGGCCCGAACCAAGCAAGUAAGUAGUAAUACAGAAUGAAGAGUCCUGCUUGUAUCAUCUACCAUGGCAACAAUCAUUCGUUGAUCUGUAAACUAGUGCGCAGCUUGGAUUGAAUUACUUGGAAGCUUCUUCUUCUCUCUUUCCGCGAUGUGAUUCGUACUCCUUAUUAAUCUCAACGUAGUCGUCUAACCAAUGGCUUCAUCCCUCUCUUUUACUAGACCGCACGCAAGUCAACCGGAGGAAAGGCUCCCCGCAAGCAACUUGCCACCAAGGCAGCCCGCAAGUCUGCCCCUACCGCCGGAGGUGUCAAAAAGCCUCACCGUUACCGUCCAGGAACCGUAGCCCUCCGUGAGAUUCGCAAAUACCAAAAGUCCACCGACCUUUUGAUCCGCAAAGCUCCUUUCCAGCGCCUCGUUCGCGAGGUCGCUCAAGAUUUCAAGUCCGAUCUCCGCUUCCAAUCUACUGCUGUCUUGGCCCUGCAAGAAGCCGCGGAAGCUUACUUGGUUGGACUAUUCGAAGAUACCAACUUGUGUGCCAUUCACGCCAAGCGUGUAACAAUCAUGCCUAAGGAUAUUCAGUUGGCUCGCCGUAUCCGUGGAGAACGUGCGUAAGCAUUAGUGAAAAGUCUCGGGAAGGCCGAGAAGCGUCUUGGGGGAUUGAAUGGAAACGCAUUUCAAAAUAAAUGCAUACAUUGUAGUUGCUCUUGCGUGAUGAAUUUUUGAAAGCUCACUCCUCUCAUAUCUUUGACAGGAUGAUGGUGAUCAUUAUUCUAAGAGUGAGGGAACAACUUUUAUUU